UUCUAAGUCCGAGCCUGGCCAGAAGUUAGAAAUGUGGCUGUCCAAGUUCGUGUUUUGUGGAUUCGUGGUUGUUUGGGUUUGUGCCGACCAGGAUGUGCAACUGGAAAUUCCUCAAGGGAUCUUGAAGGGAUUGAAAACCGAAACUAUUCUGCACAACAAGCCGUAUUAUAGUUUUAAGGGUAUUCCCUAUGCGAAACCGAAUGUUGGAGCGCAAAAGUUUCGGUUACCAGAAGCGGCCGAUCCAUGGGAAGGAGUGUACGACGCAACCAGGCAUCGUUCCCCGUGUCCAUUUUAUUGUAUAGUUAAAAAGGGUCUAAUCGGUGAGGAGGAUUGUCUUUUUCUCAACGUUUAUACCCCAGUUUUGGACAAGGAAGCUCGCAAAGCUGUUAUGGUAUGGAUUCAUCCCGGUGGCUGGAACGGUGGCAUGGGAGACGAUGCUUUGUUUGGACCAGAUUUUCUGGUCGAGAACGAUGUUGUGCUUGUUACCAUUAAUUUUAGACACGGAGCGCUUGGAUUUUUGAACACGGCAGAUAAAAACGCUCCUGGAAAUGCCGGGUUGAAGGAUCAAGUUAUGGCGUUGAAAUGGGUGAAGGAUAACAUACAUUUCUUUGGUGGUUGUCCGAAUAGAGUUACUAUUUUCGGCGAUAGCUCUGGUGCAGCUUCUGUUCAGUAUCACAUGCUAUCUCCCAUGUCUGAAGGCUUAUUCAGUGGGGUUAUACAACAGAGUGGAUCAAUUCUCAAUCCAUGGGCGAUAACUUAUAAUCCAAGAGAACAGGCCUUCAUGUUGGGAGAUGCCCUUGGUAUACAUACGACAGAUUCUGCAGAACUAGUUAGCAAAUUAAGCGACUUUCACGUUAAAGAUAUCAUCGCAGCCAGCAGCGAAAUAAUGAAAGAUCAGAACACCCUAUCUGGACACUCGCAAGCCUUCAUCCCAUCUGUCGAAGUUGACCUGGGACAGGACGUGUUCCUUCCAACUGAUCCUUGGUCCCUAUUAAAAUACGGAAGGAUAGCGGACGUGCCUGUAAUAUCCGGAAUUGUCGCCGAUGAAUGUGCAUUUAUGGCGCAACUAAUGAUAGAUGGUAUCGAGGUAUUGAACACCGAAGCAGAGAAAUUUCUACCCGAAGAUUUGAAUAUCACCGAUACGAAUGAAAAGGAAAAAGCUGGAGAGUGCAUAAAGCAAUUUUACUUUGGCGACAAGAAAGUGUCAAAGGAGAACUUGAACGAAUACACCAAAAUGAUGAGUGACAUUUACUUUGAUGCUGGAAUAUUGUUAUCCCUCGAUAUCAUGAAAAAUCGAAUUUCGGCUCCCAUCUAUGAAUACUUAUUUUCCUACGAAGCACCAACUGGUUUGAUGAAAAGCAUCUUCGGUGUUAGCGACGGUGUUGCACAUGGCGAUGAUUUAGGCUACCUGUUCUAUUCCAAUUUUUUUAAGAAUUUACCAGAACCAGGUUCGUCAGCAGAGAAAAUGACAAAUAUUAUGACCAAAUUAUGGACGAAUUUUGCAAAAGAUAGAAAUCCAACGUCAGUAUUAGAUGGAGAUGUCACGGUGAACUGGGAACCAAUGGGAAGCGACGAUAAUUAUCUUAACAUUAAUCAAGAAUUAAAAAUGGAGAAAGAUCUAAUGAAAGAUAGCCACGACUAUUGGAAGAAGAUGUAUAAAAAUGUCGUGCUAUGAAUGCUUUGAUGUAUGUGUAUAUAUACACAGAUAAGUAUUAUUCGUUCGAUAUAUUCGAUAUAACGAAAGCCACAGAUACGAUAAUAACAAGUGUAAUUUGAUUAAGACACCAUAAAAUACAAUAUUUUA